UAUAAAAUCAAGCACCUAGGCAUGCAAACUGCUUCUACAAACAUUUGUGAAAGAAUCUCUCAGGAGCUCUGUGAAUUCAAGUGUGGUACUGUGAUAGUUGCCACCUUUGCAAUAAAUCCAUCCGUGAAAUUUCCUUGCUACUAAAUAUUCCACGGUCAGCUGUUAGUGGUAUUAUAACAAAGUGGAAGCAACUUGUAACAACAGCAACUCAGCCACCAAGUGGUAGGCCACAUAAAAUGACAGAGCAGGGUCAGUGCAUGCCGAAGCGCACAGUGCGCAGAAGUCUCCAACUGUCUGUAGAGUCAAUAGCUAAAGACCUCCACACUUCAUGUGGCCUUCAUAUUAGCACAACAACAAUGUUUAGAGAGCUUCAUGGAAUGGGUUUCCAUGGCCGAGCAACUGCAUCCAAUCCUUACAUCACCAAGUGCAAUGCAAAGCGUCAGAUGUAGUGGUGUAAAGCACACCACUACUGGACUCUAG